CACCUUCCAUUUUUUUUCACGAAGAUCAAGGACCAAUUUCUCUCACUAUAACUAUUCUUCAGUCUUCACACACUCUCUCUCCUCCGUAAAAACUUACGGUAGAAAGAACUUCCCUAAAUAAACUAUAUAAAAAGGGGAAAAAAAAAUCCCUUUCUCUAAAUAUUACUGAUUUUAUAAAUUUUCCCUUUUAUUUUCCAUGUACUAUAAUUUUCUUUUUCCUGGUAGUUCUGUAUCAUGCUUUACUUUGGUUUGCUCCUUCUUCUUUCCUGGAGUCAUCGAGUCUCCAGAUAGUUCUAAUUCACAACUUCUUGAUGUUGGAUCAACCCAAACCCACCUCUGAAAUUCCGGCAAUUUCAUAAAUUUCUCAGUUUGCACAUUGCCGAGGGCUAUAAAAAAGUUGGUUACUUGAGGAAGGGUUUGAUGGGUUGAGGCUUAUGCUCAAGAAAAUGGUGGAUACUUGCAGUGAUCCUGGUGAACACACUUUCUUUGAUGCCCUCGAGGAAAUUGCCGAUUCGGGUUCUGAUUGCCCCGAUAAUUUUUGUUCGAAUUCUGCUCGUGGAGGUUGUAGAUGUGUCUCGUGUAGUGCCCAAUUUGAUGUGUGGAUACACAAUCCAGAGAGUGUUCAAGCCCGUCGAAGUAAAUUCUUUAAUUGGUUGGGGUUAGAUGUAAAUAAGAUUUCUGGUGAUGAUUCUGAAGAAAGUUGCGAUUCCGAAAUAGAGGAUAGGAUUACAAAUGUUGAUGGCUCUGUGUUGAGAAACACAAGUUUCGAGUGUCCUGCAUCAUUCUGUUCCUUGGAAGAUCCAGAGUUCUCUGAGAAUGUGAUUCCUGAGCAUGUUGAAGAUGAGGGUGUGAAGGGCAAUGUAGAUGAGGCGAACCGAAAACCGCAGUCAGAUAUCAGAGUCAGAACGGACCACUCUGUGCGAAGUUUGAGCUCUUCUUCAUCGAGUGAUAGAUUCUCGCCUGUGAAAAACACGGCAAUGAACUGUUCAGUGGGGCCUACGAAGAGAGUGAAGAAAUGGUGGGUGAACAAGUUGCGAAGCUUCAAUUGUGUUAUGGAGGGGGAACGUGAACUAUGUAAUUGCGAUUCAUCUGCAGGGAGAAUUCGGAGAGUGAAGGUUCACCAAUCAAAGAAGCAAUCAAAGGAACUUUCAGCCCUUUACUAUGGCCAGAACAUCCGAGCUCAUAAAGGUGCAAUCUUGACAAUGAAAUUCAGUCCUGAUGGGCGAUUUCUGGCUAGUGCUGGGGAAGACAGAAUUGUGCGGGUGUGGCAAGUGGUGGAGGAUGAUAGGUCAAAUGAGAUUGACAUCCCAGAAAUGGAUCCAUCAUGUGUGUACUUCACAAUGAACCAGCUCUCUGAGCUGAAACCACUCAGCAGUGACAAAGAUAAAAAUGGUAAAUUGAGGAGAACUUCUGAUUCAGCUUGUGUAGUUCUUCCUCCAAAGGUUUUUCGGAUAUCGGAGAAGCCAUUACACGAGUUUCAAGGCCAUACUAGUGAAGUAUUGGAUCUUUCAUGGUCCAAGAAUGAUUGUCUCUUGUCAGCAUCAGUGGAUAAAACUGUUCGGUUGUGGCGAGUGGGUAUCAACCAUUGCCUUCAAGUUUUUCCACAUAAUAACUAUGUAACGUGUGUUCAGUUUAACCCUGUCGAUGACAAUGGCUUCAUUAGCGGGUCAAUUGAUGGAAAGGUUCGCAUUUGGGAAAUAUCUCAUUGCAAAGUUGUCAAUUGGACUGAGACUAAAGACAUAGUUACUGCUGUCUGUUAUCGCCCUGAUGGCCAGGGAGGGAUUGUUGGCUCGAUUGCAGGGAGUUGCCGUUUCUACAGCAUAUCAGAUAAUCAGUUGGAGCUAGAUGCUCAGAUCUUUUUGCACAAUAAGAAAAAAUCAUCAGGGAAACGGAUAACUGGCUUUCAGUUCUUUCCCAAAGAUCCAAACAAAGUGAUGAUCUCAAGUGCUGAUUCACAAGUAAGGAUUCUUCAAGGGGUGAAUGUAAUUGGAAAGUACAAGGGCCUCAAAAGAUCUGGAGCUUCCUGCACAGCAUUUUUCACUGCUGAUGGAAAGCAUAUAGUUGCUGCAUCUGAAGAUUCCAAUGUCUAUGUUUGGAAGUGUAAUGAUCAGGACUAUGCAGACUCGUCACACGUAAAAAAGAUUAAAUCUUCUGAACGGUUUCUUUCCAAUGCAUCUGUUGCACUACCUUGGCCCGGGUUACAAAAUGAGAUCAACAGAAAUGAGUGGCACAACGGUGCAUUCAAUGGUUUACCUCAUGGUUCACGGCCUCACUUUUCUCCACCCAAUUUCUCUUGCAGGCAAGAUUUCUUCCUAGAGUUAUAUUAUCCAAAAGGUUCGGCAUUAUGGCCUGAGGAAAAGCUAGUGUCCCCAAGCCCUCCUAGCCUAACAUCUUCAAUGCAUAAAUCUGAGUACAAAUUCCUGAAAACUUGUCAGAGUAGAUCAAAUUCCGAUGCCUGGGGUAUGGUUAUAGUUACUGCUGGAUGGGAUGGAAGGAUCAGAUCAUUCCAUAAUUAUGGGUUACCAGUACCCCAUUGAGGUCAUGGUUUUAACUUCUUUUCAUAAAAGAUGGAAAAAUUUCCAAUGGGUAUUAGCGCGCUCUGGUGGGCCCCUUGCCAGAUAUUGCGCUUUCGGUUAACUGAUGAUGGAAUGCUAAUCUCGGGAAAAUCCCAGCAUAAUCAUAUGAUUCUGUCAUUCAUUUUCCUUGAGAAUUUUGCGCAUGGUGGCCCUUGAAAGAGCGAUUCAUGUGCUAGAUCUUGGCUAUAUGGAGGAUUGCAUAUCCAUGUGAUAGGAGCAUAUUUAAGCUUUGUGGGGUCUUUGAGUGGAACCUCUUUUGAUAUCUUCCUCUAAAUUGUGUGGAAGUUGAUAGCAAAGCGCAAAGCUGGUGGUUUUAUCUCCAGGAGAAGGGAGAUUUUAAGUGGGGAACCCUCAGCUUUUAUGCUAUAUUGGCUGUUUUAGAAUCAUUUAAAUUCGCCUGUCCGCCAUUUGAAUGCUGUCCCCAUGUUUAGGCCCAGCCACAUUUGGGUUUAAGAAAAUCAAAUAAAUGGUGGUAGACCCCUAUGGGCUCGGCUCAUCGGCCCGAUACUAAAAGUGGAGAUCAACCCAUGUUCCUGUUUGGUUGCAAGUCCACAUCCAGUAAUAUACAUCAAGCAGAAAGACAGAUAGAAAGAGAGAGAGACAUUUUUCAUGCUUGCAGCAUAUGGUGAAAACUAUUGUGCCGGUAAAUAUACCCUUUUUUCGGGUUAAAUAUAGAGUCAGAGAUGUUUGUGUUUAGGACUACUAUUACUGACAAUUUAUGUACUAACAACAAUAGUUUAGGAUUUUACUAGAUCUAUCAGGUUAGAUCUCGCAAUCAAGUCAAAUUGUAAUGUAAACUUAUGUAAAUGAAAUUCUUUUUGUUGUUCCUUUUUUGGUUCAUGUAAUUGUAAAGGCUCGAAAGCCAAAUACAGCGUUUCGAAUGGCGCCAUUUGAAUAUCAGAUCUAAUGUUUCCGGAA